UUUGCUUUCACAUUAUUUUUAGAACGAGUUGUUUUUCGCGACUAUUCUUUGUAUUUACAAUUUGUAUAUUAAACUAGUUCGGUGUUUUAACCUUAGAUAUUUUUAAGUAUAAAAUGUGAAAAAUAAGCCGAAAGUAAAAUGAAAGUUUUUCUGUUUUUAGUAUUAUUGCUAGGUUCUUAUGGAGAAGACGUUCUUGAUAAUGCCAAAAAGGAAAGCACUGAGCUAUCCAGAACACUAGAUGAAAGACCCUUACUCUUUACCACUCUUGGUGGUGGUAUGAUAGCUGUGGAGCCUCAUACAGGAAAUAUUAUUUGGAAACUCAAGGAUGAACCAGUUGUAAAGGUCCCAAAUCAGGAUGACAAUUUGAUACCACAAUUCCUCCCGGAUCCACGACAUGGAUCCUUGUAUAUGUAUGGCCCGAGAGGAGACAAGCAAAUGCUCAAGAAAUUACCAUUUACAAUACCAGAGUUAGUGGCUAAUGCCCCAUGUCGAUCUACAGAUGGAAUUCUGUAUACAGGGAAAAAAAUAGAUACUUGGUUCAUGCUUGAUCCAACAACUGGAUAUAGAGAACACAUUUCAGGUUUCGACAGAUCUCAGUUAUUCAAUAGAGAGGAUGCGCCGACAUGCCAGCUGGACAAGAAGCGUAGUGUGUACAUCGCGCGAACGGAAUACAACAUUCUGAUGCACGACUCGAAGCAUGCUAACCACAAGUGGAACGUCACCUUCUACGAUUACACGUCGCACGCUAUGGGCAAGGAGAUGCUGAACGACUAUGGUAUAAUACAUUUCACGUCAACGUCAAACGGGCGUGUAAUGUCGUUUGAUCGCAAGACCGGCGACCUAGUGUGGUCUCACCAUCUCGAGACUCCAGUUGUCGCCGCCUACUUGCUAGACAGAGACGGCCUGAUUUCCGUGCCUUUCAACUCGAUUGGCGACGACACGCUCGACCAUAUCAUGGAGGAUGCAACCACGCUAAGAAACGGGCAAGGCAUUAAGAAUUCUAAUAUUGAAUUGUAUCCAACGUUGUACAUCGGCGAACAUAAUCACGGACUAUAUGCCCUAUCGUCACUGGUUGACAAGAACACAGUGACAAUAUCGACCGGCCAGGCAAGGCCCUUGCUCAUCGACGGACCCACCAGCGAGACCAAGCUGCAAGAAACACUCGAGCCAUUCAAGAACGUCCACUACCAACUCAACGAUAUAAACCUACACGUCACACCGCCUUACCUACUCUUGGGUCACUACAAAGUCCCGGAGCUAACGACCUCAUGGAUGCCACAACUGCCAAGUGUGAACAUUCCGAAACGCGACGAUAAUUCACUGAGACUAAUAAACGGCGAAGUGAGCGAAUCUGACGAGAAUGAGACGAUUUUGAAAUCGAAUUCUAUAUCUGUGUCGGUACAGACUGAUGACUUGUUCAGUGAGUUCCAGUUCAGACCGGAUUUAUGGUACAAGCGGGUUUAUAUGUGGAUGAACCAACAGGAGAAUAAAGCGUUGAAGUUCGCUCUAAUCAUUCUGAUGGGAUUGGUGGUCGCGAUGUUCUGGUAUCUCCGUUUGCAGGCUCGCGAAUUCCAACAGUUGUCUCAGGGUGGUUCCCGAGGGUCCAACGUGUCUACGUCAUCCACGGGGGAGGUCACCGGUCACCUAGAAGACGUGGGAGAGGGGGAGGUGAGGAUCGGGAAGAUCAGCUUCUUCACCAACGAGAUCCUGGGCAAGGGCUGUGAGGGGACUUUUGUGUAUAGAGGGACGUUUGAUAAACGCGCGGUGGCUGUGAAGCGCCUGUUGCCGGAAUGUUUUACGUUUGCGGACCGCGAGGUGGCGCUGCUCAGAGAGUCGGAUGCGCACGCGCACGUUGUUAGGUACUACUGCACGGAACGCGACAAACAAUUUAGAUACAUAGCUUUGGAAUUGUGCUCGGCGACGCUACAGGAUUACGUCGAGAAGAAGUUAACCUUCGAGUGCAAAAUUGAUGCGGUGGAAGUGUUGAGACAAGCCACGUUGGGACUUUCACACUUACAUGCCAUGGAUAUAGUCCACAGAGAUGUAAAGCCCCACAACGUUCUCUUAUCGAUGCCGAGCGGCUCAGGAGAAGUCCGAGCCAUGAUAUCCGACUUUGGUCUCUCCAAGAAGCUCAACAUUGGUCGCGUUAGUUUCUCAAGACGAUCCGGGGUCACGGGCACCGACGGCUGGAUAGCGCCGGAGAUGAUCAAUGGAGAGAGAACGACAACAUCAGUGGAUAUGUUCUCUCUGGGCUGUGUGUUCUACUACGUGCUGUCGAGAGGACACCAUCCAUUCGGAGACGUGCUGCGGAGACAAGCCAACAUCCUCACGGGGGAGUACAAGCUGGAUCAUUUGGAUAAAGUCCUUCCAGAAGAAGAGUUACCGCUGACAAAAAUAUUGAUAAGGUCAAUGAUAUCUGAGAGAGCUAGCGCUCGGCCGCCGUGCGAGACUGUACUCAAGUAUCCCAUGUUUUGGGGCAAGCAGAGUAUAUUGAAUUUCUUACAGGAUGUAAGUGAUCACGUGGAGAGCAGUGGCGCGGGGGCGGAGCACCCUCUGGAGCUCGGGGGCGGCGCCGUGCUACGCGGCGACUGGCGCGCGCGAGUGUGUAGCACCGUAGCCAACGACCUACGAGCGCGACGCACGUACCGCGGCGACCGCGUGGCGCAUCUACUACGGGCCAUCCGCAACAAGAAACACCACUAUAGAGAAUUGGAAUCGAACGUUCGAGAAAGUCUCGGAAAGGUUCCAGACGGUUUCAUAACCUACUGGCUGCAGAGGUUUCCCCUCCUGCUCCCACACGUGUGGUUACAAAUGCAACAGUACAGGAACGAAGACAUCAUGCAAGGAUACUACCCACACACAUACACAUUCAACAGGGAUGACGUCAUAGAGCUCAAUAUAGACGUGGACUUAGAGCCGUGCGAAGAAAACAAUGAUUUGUUUAUCAAAAGUAAAGUGUUUAUACACGAGAAUGCAGAGAGAAAAGUGUACAGAAAAGAUUCGCCCAAGAAGCGGCUGGAUUGGAGGUAUGAAAACGGCGACGCAAGAACGAAUGAUGAUGUAAGAUUGAAUGAUGGUUAUUUUAGAAAGAAAGAGCGGAAGAAAGAAAAUGUGCCUAUAUGGACAUUGCCACCGCAGUGAGGUUUUAUUUAGGAUAGUUGAUAGUUGGUACAAAUACAUAAGUUGGGUCUAUUCUACGUAUUGAAAUUUGACCUAACACACUCGAUUGAAUGAGUUAAUUGCACGUACAAAUCGUUUAGUUAACUUACGACCGAUCUUAAUAUCCAAUCUCCAGUUCAAGAUUAGUUAGAAUUAUGUCAUCUGUCAAUUGACACUAAAUCUGCGUUUCAAUACGUCAAUCUUAAUUUUUAAAUCCUUAAUAUAUUAUUUAUUGUAAACACUUAUUUGUCUAAAUCAAAAUUUAGAUAGUUCGAAAAAGUCAUCAAUAUGUUCUAUCGUUUAUUGAAAUGCCAUGAGCAGAGAAAGGGAUAACCGCCAUUUUAAGAUUGCUAUUAAAAAAUAUAAAAAUCAGCCGUUUAUCCUCUUGCGUGCGUACGCACACUCUUUUUUAUUUUUUUCGAUUAUUAAUAAUGUAAUGGACGCAGGAAAUAUAAUCGAGUGCCCCACGCAUUUGCCAUGCAUGAAGGUUUUAUAUUCUUUAAUGUCUCAUAAAACGCACAUGUAUUUUUAAAUAUUUUCUUUUUUUUAUAUAAAUGAUCGUCACAUCUUAGAUAGAUGAAAUAUAUAUCUAUAGUUAGGAAGGUAGAUACUAAUAUAUUAAUAUUUAUGUAUAUUAUUAGGGUUUAAGUUGAUUAUUGAUUAGGAAGUGCAAUGCGGUGUUUACAGCACAUAGCGAGAGAUAUUGUUAGUUUUAAGAAUUUAUUGAUUUAAGUAUUUAUUAUUUUUUUUGUUUUGUUUUUAUUAUUUUUAGACAAUUUUAAAGUGCAAACCGCACAACAUUAAGAUAUGUAAAAAUUUAAGAAUUUUGCGGAAAUCCAUAAUUUUCCAAAUUGAACAUUGAAAUUAAUUUGGGAUUGACUGUAACAUAGAACUUUUCACCUAUGUCGGUUUAGCUUUUUAAUCGGAAUUCAAUGACAAACACGUAGUUGUAUGUUAUAUAUUUACAUGGAAACUGCCGAUUGAAAUGGUUCCAUACCCGAACUUCUAAAAAGGUCAGAACCUUUUUGGUUGAAUGCAAUAUAUGAGUGUUAUUUUUUACUUGUGGCUUAUACUAUAAUCUAUCUGGGCAUGACUAA